UCUGACUAUCGCAACCCAACAGGAUCCUGCCAUUUCUUCCACUGACAACACCCCGGGAGAAGGAGGAGCGUGGAAUACGUAGUGGGCGUCAGAAUCCUCAAUUUCCAACUUAGCAUCUUGGUAGGACAUUUUCCCAAAGCAAAGCCCCACAAUCCGACGGCUGAAAAACUUCUGCCUGAUAGAGAGGGAGAGAGAGAGAGCGAGCAACCCCCCAAAAAGAAAGAAACCACGGAGCGAGUAAGCACUGGGCGCAAAACUUCUGCAAGCUGACAGCAACCCCCUCCAAAAAACAAAAAAAAGUAUUAAAUAAAUACAUACAAAACAGGCAAGAUCCGCUGCUUGUCUCUAUGCAUUCAGAUCAGAAGUGCACGAGUGAAUAAGAAGAAAGUACACGAAUAAGUGUCUUGUUUUCGGAUGCUUAGCCAUGUCGUAUCCUCAGGGCUACUUGUACCAACCCGCCUCUUCUUUGGCUCUGUAUUCGUGCCCGGCUUACAGUACGAGUGUGAUUUCUGGACCCAGGACUGAAGAACUUGGAAGAUCUUCUUCGGGAUCUGCCUUUGCUCCGUAUGCCGGAUCCGCCGCGUUUACAAACCCAUCCCCAGGUUACAACUCUCAUCUCCAGUACACCGCGGACCAGGCGGCAGCUGCUACCUUUACUUCGUACGUGGGUUCUCCCUACGAUCACACGACAGGGAUGGCUGGCUCUAUGGGAUACCAUCCUUACGCACCUUUGGGCUCUUACCCCUACGGAGACCCCGCUUACCGGAAAAAUGCCACCAGAGAUGCCACUGCCACGCUUAAGGCCUGGCUCGGCGAGCACAGGAAAAACCCUUACCCCACCAAAGGGGAGAAGAUCAUGCUGGCCAUCAUCACCAAAAUGACUCUGACCCAAGUGUCCACCUGGUUCGCCAACGCCAGGAGGAGACUGAAAAAGGAAAACAAAAUGACCUGGACCCCAAGGAACAGGAGUGAAGACGAGGAAGAGGAGGAAACUAUUGACCUGGAGAAAAACGACGACGGUGAACCUCAUAACCCUAUAGAGAAGGGCGACUCGUCCACAGACACUGAGGCGGGCGGAGACCCGAAGAUGGACUCGGAGGACAUCGCUUGCGACAGGUUUAUGGAAGAAUCCAGUGGUAAAGAAACUGGCCCCGUUCUGUCUGAUUCGGAACUAAAAGACCAAGCAGAGAGAAUAGACAUUCUCCCCGACUCCCCCAAAGCAACAACCUCGUCCCCCCCAACUGUGCCUCGACAUGGUCCUGAGAUCAUUGUGCAAGAAAACCGAACAGAAACGCUGCCUUCCUCAAUCGCGGCGUCAAAUACAGUAAACACUGUCAACGGCAACGCCUCGUCUGUGAUUCAUUCACCGCCGACUGCUCCCAAACCCAAACUUUGGUCUCUUGCUGAGAUCGCCACAUCUUCGGACAAGUCUAAGGAAAGUAACGAGUCGCCACAGCCUUCAGGGCCGGGUCAAUGCAGUGUAAUCGCGGGAAGAGCCUCGUCUCCUUCCCGGUCCCCCUCGCACCAGUGCCCUUACCCGAACAGUGCUGUCCUUUCCCGGCCAAUUUAUUACACUUCUCCAUUUUAUACAGGGUACACGAACUACAGCACUUUCGGACACCUCCACAGCCACCAUGGAGCGAACUCGGCAUCUACGACACAUUUCAAUGGAUUAAACCAGGCUGUGCUGAGUAGAGCCGAGGCUCUGGUAAAAGAAACAAAAUUCAGAAGCCAAACACAGGUAGAUCUUUGUAAAGACUCACCUUAUGAACCGAAGAAAGGUAUGUCAAACAUUUAAUACUGGCUUCCGCUCCCAUCACUUGGACAAUUUUUAAUUUAUUAUUUUGUGUUGGCAAAAAAAAAAAAAAAAUAUUUUCAGCGAGGGAGAAAUUCACAGAUUAUAGUUUGCAUAUCCGAUUAAUCCGAACGGUGUCUUCAACUAAAGAACUGUCUUAACCGCAGCCGAAAAAGAGAAUUUGUAUUAAAACUAAUAUGUAUAUUUAAUGUAGCAUUUUUGUAUUUAAAAUGGACAAUAUAAUUCUUUGAAGUAAAUUAUGGAAAAAAUA